UUGUGUAAAAACUCAAACGCCCUUUUUCCAUUUUUAAUUCUUCUUUUUUCCCCAUUUCUUCCAUUAAAUCAAUCGUUUAAGGAGAAGAAUUUUGCAUCUCAUUAAAUACCUUCUACCUUUUAGCUUCCCCAUAUUUUGUUGAAAAUUUUCCCUUGAUUUCCUUCCGAUUUCAAUUCCUUUUUUUUUUCCCUUCCAUUCAAUAAAUCAUUCAAGGGGGAAAAUUUUUGACUUCAUUUAAAAUCUUGGAUCCUUUUGGCUCCCAUCUUUUAUUGAUUUUGUAAAUUUUCUUUUGAUUUCCUCAAAAAAAAAAUGCUGAAACGGAUUUAUUUCACAAUUAAGGAAGGGUCAGCUUACCAAAAACUCUUUCAAUUCCCUUGAAACAAACUUAUUUUCGAUCUAUUUUCCAGUUCAGUUUGUUGAUUUGCUUUCAUUCCAGAGAGACCCAAAACUUUCUUCCUUUUCGUAUCGAGUUAAUCAGCAUCAUCACAAAUAAAGUUUCUUCGAUUAUUGUAAAUAUCGGAGUCUUUGAUUCACCGGAAAAAUGACCAAGAAAAGCAAUUCCAGCUAAUUCACAAUUUUAUCCUUUUAAUUCCACAAGUUUUUCCAAAUUUUUUCUUAUAAUUUUCACGUUUUACGGCAUUCCGAUGAUGAUAAAUGAGAUAAAAGUACUUCUUUUGUAUGAUGACUCUGUUACAAUAUCAUCUAGGUUUUUUUUAUCUCUUUCUGUUUUCGAUAUCCUUUAUAGUAUAAUUUUCUAUUGUUUGUUUUCAUUGCUUGUUACUAUUGUAUCGUUUACUCAUUUUCAAAUUGUCAUGUGAUUAGCAAUAAAACGAAAAAGAUUGAUAAUUAUGCCGCCCUUCAUGUAUUCAUUGGCUGACCUGUAAUCUAUUCUAUAUUGGCAUUUUAAGGGAGAAUUUGGAUCUUGUCUUUUGUAAGAUACAUAAUACAAUUUCUUAUCUGAGCUUGGGCCUAUAGUGUCAAUGGAUGUGGAACAUAAAGAAAGGUACAACUGCUAUUGUGAUUAAGGCUCUUUGAAAGAUUUUUGAAAGAAAUUUGAAGAGGAAGUGAAAAAGAUAAAGAUGCAAGUCUCGAUUUUAGAAGCAUUAAUUUGAUGUGAUGAGAGAGAUGACUUGCCUUAAUAAUAAGCUUGAGCUUCUUGGUAAUCAGGAUAAGGUUCAAGUGAAAAGUUUAAAGGCUAAGGGUUCACGAAAAGCGAAAAGGGAGAUGUUUACAGGAAGGUGAAAGUUUUGGCAAUUCCAGCAAUUUCUCCUUGAAGGUUGAAGAAGCAUGUACAAUCAAGCAGCCCUACGAUGGGGAUUUAGAAGAUGAUGGCAGUCAUUAUGUUGAAAAGAUGAUAAAGAAUCAUGAGACCAUAAUCCGAAAAAGAAAAAGUGAAAAGCUAAAUUUGUUGACUCGAAACCUUCUUCGAGAAAAAACAUUUCCACCCCUACGGAGAGAAAAGGAUUCUGUCAAUCUGAAAUGAAGAAUUCAAGAAGUUAUUGUGAGUUUGGGGAGUUUAAGCAACUGGAGUCCUGGGAUAGAAGACAUUUUUUGUGACAGUAGGCAUGAUUGUGGGGUGGAAAAGCAUCUUGAGGUGCUGAAAGAGUCUCUCUCUAGCAGUCCUGAGCAAAAGAGGCAUUCCUAGCAUUUGGUUAGUAUAUUACCCAUCAAAGAUGCAAUUGACAUAUGGUUUGCUAUUGCGUGAUAUGUGCAUUGUUGAUCUUUUGAUUUAUGGAUAUGGUGACGACAUUAUCAUCUUUUUGUCCUUUUUUCUUGAACCAAACAAGCAAUCAUUGAUGCUGCUGAUUAAUGUGCCACACCCCCCACCCAUGAGGAAAAGAAAAAACUCACAAUUAUGUGAACUUUUACUUAUUAUUCUUAAAUGACAAUUUGUUAUUAUAUUUUAUUCUGUUUUUUAUAUUUUAAUUUUUUAAAUUAUGCAAAAAUAAUAAUAAAAUUAAAACUCGCAGCAUCAUUGGGAUCUUGUACAAAUAAAUUUCACCUCACAAUCAAUAUACUCAACCAAUAGAAACAUAUAUAAAACAAAAUCACAUCAAAAAUUCUAAAAAUAGAAAAAAGGAAAGAAAAAAAUCCAACCUGUAAAGAUCUUCAAAGCUAAGUCCGGUAGCAUUAUGAUUAUAAAUUUCAUGAAUCGCAUGUUCCAGAACAGUCCAUGACUUGUCUGCAUAUGUUGGAUCAACCACCACCCUAUGCUUAAACUUUGUCUUCUGAGCACUCAUUUUUUUCCUUUUUUGUCAAUUUUCUUUUCCAAAAUCUAAAAAUCAAGCUUCAAAAUCAAAAACUCACCGUGAGUCUGACCUGAUUAAUCAUUCUGGUUGUAUAACCCCAAGAGGCAAUAAGCAUUGUUAAUCAGUAAAGUUUAGUCACAAGUCCACUUUUAAGAGUUCAUAACAAUUUUAUUGUUCGAUUUGCUCCUUUUGCUGGAUGACUGAUUAAUUGAUUGAUUGAUUGGGGCUUGUCCUAAAGGAACCAAAACAUAGAAUUGGAAAUCUAUGAAGUUGUUACUUGGUAUGGACAGAGUGAACACGAACUGAAAAGUCUAGAAAUAGGAAAACAAAAGUAAUAAAGUGUAGAAUAAUAUGCACCAAAACACGGUAUAAUGAAUCUUUGUCUACGCCAUCAGAGCAAUAAUUCUCCAGUGUGAUCCAAUCUGUUCUGUUUUCUAUUUGCAAAUAAGCAGUCAAUGAAAGUAAUAGACAAGUAUUUCCUGUAGUUACUCCUGAUUAUGAUUAUAGGAAUGCUCGUGGAAAGUUAGAUUCAAAAUGCUUCCUUGAGUCUGCUCUUAAAUGCUUGAUUUCGAUAGUGGGGGUCAGUGCACCUCCCAGUUCUCACCACACUGGACCCCAUCGAAAUUAAGCCUAAGAAAAUACAGCAGUCAUUGACAGAGGACUGAGUUUUUGGAUUCACUUUGGAUCCAAGCGGCCAGGAUGCAUCCUGGAACCACAUUUGCUAGAUAAUGUGCGUUAGAUAGAAUGGGUCUAUACGGUAAGAAGAUUCACAGAAAGUUUUGCAAAGAAGACAAAUUGAAGUAAAGACCACGGAAAGCUGAACAGUACAUGGAAAACGUGUUCCCUGACCCCCUUCGAAAGGUAGAAGAUCUUGACUUUGGAAAUAAACUUCUUUAAGUUCGUUAGUCUGGAAAUUAACAUUCAACAAAAAGGAACAAUUUCUCAUAUUUGAACUUAAACAUGGCCUCGACUAAUAUUACAGCUUUCAUACUGAUAAUGGUAUGGACUAUCGUCCUUUUUUCCUAUGCUGCAGCUGAAGUUGCCACAACUUCGUCACUAGAACUAGAGGCAAAGGCUCUACUUGAGAGUGGUUGGUGGAGUAGCUGCAGCAACGAUACUUUGCAGCGUUGCAACUGGGCAGGUAUCUCAUGCAAUGACGCUGGUAGCGUCUCAAAAAUGUACCCACCUUCUGAUGUUAUUAAGGUUGGUGUUAAAUUUGAAAAUAUGGACUUCUCCUGCUUUCCGAACCUUGUUUUUCUCAGUCUUAGUGGUCAAGAAGUCCUCGGGAGCAUGGACGACCUUGGGAGCAUUUUGUCCAGCAUAGGCUAUCUAUCAACAUUAGUGCACCUCGACUUGUCCAACAAUUAUUUAUUUGUGCAAACACCUAAGAAUGGAGAUCUGUUCUCGAUAUGGAACUAUGAUGGAAAGUUAGCAUAUGAAGACAUCAUAGCAGCAACAAAUGAUUUUGACAUCCGAUACUGCAUUGGAACUGGUGGUUAUGGAAGUGUUUACAGAGCACAGUUACCUAGUGGCAAAGUGGUGGCCUUAAAGAAGCUUCAUCGUCUUGAAGCAGAAGAACCGGCUUUCGAUAGGAGUUUAAAAAAUGAGAUAAAAAUUUUGACAGAAAUUCGACAUCGGAAUAUUGUGAAGCUACUUGGUUAUUGUCUACACAAAAGAUGCAUGUUUUUGAUUUACCAAUACAUGGAAAGAGGAAGCUUGUUUUGCGUCUUAAGUGAUGAUGGUGAAGCUGUGGAAUUGGAUUGGACCAAAAGAGUUAACAUCAUCAAGAGCACAGCUUAUGCUUUGUCUUACUUGCAUUAUGAAUGCACACCGAUAAUAGUUCACAGAGACAUAUCAAGUAACAACAUUCUUUUAGACUCAGACUCGGAGGCUUUUGUCUCUGACUUUGGUACUGCUAGAAUCCUAGACCCUGAUUCUUCAAAUAUAACCAGGCUUGUUGGCACUUGUGGCUACGUUGCUCCAGAACUUGCCUAUACAAUGGUUGUAACAGAAAAAUGUGAUGUUUUUAGCUUUGGAGUUCUGGCAUUGGAAACAUUGAUGGGAAAACAUCCUGGAGAACUUUUAUCAAUGGUGUCAAAACCAUCAUCUUUGCAAAAUAUAAUGCUAUCCGAUAUGUUAGAUCCACGUCUCUCACCUCCAACAAGCCAGAUGGUCGCGCAGAAUAUUGUUCAUGUUGCUACCAUAGCAUUAGCAUGUGUACAUACCGAUCCAAAAUUCAGGCCAACGAUGAAACAGGUCGCCCGAGAGUUUCUUUCUUGUCAAAGAUCAUUAAGGAACCCCCUUCGAACAAUCUCUUUGCUGCAACUGGUGAACAGUGAGAUGCACAUGGAAGGUGCAUGACAAAUUCCGUCACAUUGUUGAUGUCUGGCAAGUCAUGUCUUGUUUCAAUAAACUGAUGAAUAAGAUGCAUUUCCAGUUUCAU